GUGAUUUUACAUACAAUACAAUCCAUUUAAAAUACGAUAAUAAAACAUGUUCGAAAUAUGUUACUUGUUUGUAUUACAGUGUUGGCAAUAAAUGUAAAAAACUGCUUAGCUCAUGUCGACGGUGCUAAGCUUAAAGAAGAGUGCCAAAUAGCAGACAUUUGCCGACACGAUCAAGUCCCAAUUUGCGGAAUCGACUCGUGCGGUGAAAUGCGCACUUUUAUCGACACGUGCGACAUGCAUGAGUUUAAUUGCGAUACCAGAAAAGAUUUUGUUCAAAAACCUGUUCAUGAAUGCUGGGUGACCUGCAAACGAGGAAGAAGCUUCAAGAAACCAGCAUAUGGUGAUGGUUGUGAAUUAGAAAAUUCUGUAAUCUAGUUUUAUGGUAUUAACUUGUGGCAAAACAACAAUGGAAAUAUAGACAGUAUUUCAUAAAAAAAUAUUUAGGUUUUAAUUUAAAUAUAUGGAUUAAUUUCCCUCAAUAUAAUA